AUGAUCGAACCAUUGGAGGGGACAGUCGACUCCCCUCGUUCUCGUCGACCCGGUUCAGCAGUCAAUGAUUCCAGCAUGAGCGCUCCGAGCCAUCGCCGCGUCGAUGAGGAUAUUCUUCAACGCAUCCGCUCUCUUUUACUCGCACGCAACGUCAAUAACCCACCACGAACUCCAUAUCCAUCUGACGAAAAGCCUGUGGCCAAUUUCUCUGAGGACGGUACUUCGUCACCAAAGAGAAACUUCAACACUGCAAUCAAACCCUCAGCUCGACGAGGGAAAAGAUUGAGUCUUCCAGAAUCGGCUUCAGGGCUCAGUCGAAGCCCCAGUAUGGUCAUUGACAAUGCACAAAAGACAACGUCCCCACCUCCUGAACUUUUCAUGUUUCCACCUCCGAAUCUUCGCUCAUCAAGCUCCGCACAUGAUCUGAGAACGUCCCCCGAUACCCCAGACGUAUCAAACCUCACCGAUGGACCCUCGUCAACACCAGGCAAAAAGAAAGCUCGACUGAAGUUGGUUCUUCAGGAUAUUCCGAAAAACAAAGAUACGCAACUUGCAUCAUGCGUUGAGAUUGGACGCGGAAAGAUCCCGAAGAACGAUACUGCUCUUCACAAAGAUGAGUUGAGUUGUUGUGCUCCAUGUGAAAACCCUGAGGAGCAGCCCUCUAAAUACAUCAUACGUGAUGCACAAUGGCCAAAGACAAUUGAGGCAGAGCCUUCUGACCUCGCAUGCUUUCUGGCUGGAUGCUCUCCAGGACAGCUUCAAUGCAGCAAACAUCCCAAUCGGCGUGCACAAUCCACGUCUCUAAUAGACGCCAGAACUAGGCCACAAGAUAUGGAAGCAAUUGGAAAGAAACCUCAAUCUGAUUUUGAAGAGCUUUUGGGUAAUGCAAAGAUGGACAGAAUCAACAAAACGACGACUACAGAUGGCAACCAGUCGUCGGUGAAGAGCGAGUCAGCUGGUAGCGUUACAUCUAAGGAUGCAUAUCCGCAUGCUGUACAGUCGUUGAGGAUGGCCUCGAGGAAAAGCAUAGCCAUGCCCUUUUCGUCAGCUAUAUUUACAAACUUCAGUCUUCCUGGUCCCAGAACCAAACGAUCAUCUCCAUCUCCUGGUUUGGCUCGCAUAGAAACACAAAUUGGCCCAGACGAGACAGUACCGCUCAUCAAACCAGUCGAGUUGAAGCCACUGGGUCUUUCAGAAGUAUCCCGAAAAGAACCCAAGUCGGAAUUUCGAUCUCCACCACCUGUGAUACGCACAAAACAAUCUGACGGUUCUAUGCGCUCUGGAAAAUCGGGAAAGAGACAUGCCUUGCUACGAUCAUCGGGUUCGGAUGGAGACCCGCUCGAGACCGGCUUGCCAGUACCGCCGGUUUUAUCAACCAUCAAGAGUUUCGGAAUAGAAAUAGAAGUUGUUCCUGUAGACCAGGUCGAGGUUUUCGAAAAAAUGGUAAGCCCAGCUGAGAAAGGACCUGCUCCUUAUCGGGACUUAGGUCCUGAGAUCAAUAACACCAUUCGAGAUACCCAGAGUAGCCCAGUCGCAGGUCAUUUGGCAAACUUACAAAAAACCAUAGAUUUGGUUGAUAAUGUUCGGGAGCGCGUCCAAGAUGUCCAGCAAUAUAUCCCUGACGACGAUGUCAACAAGAAGAUCGAACAAUCCUUAGAUUGCCCAGUAAAAUCACCUAGAAUCAAUCCAGUAGAUGCUGCAUAUUGGGGGUUUGUUCCUACUGUGAAGGAUAAAGUUGAGAGUGCCGUCCAAAGUGCAGUACGGAAUGCCGUCCAAGAGGUUGUGGUACCCAAAGGCGCUCAAAAGAAGGAGGCGUCCGAAGUAUAUCGGCUGUUAGUGGCAGACUCUCUGGGGAACGCCGCGAGGAAUGCCGAUGAAUUUUUGAAACGACCCUCAUUAUGGAACGAUAUCGACUCUCCGCAGAAGCCUGAGAAGAGUUUCCAGCCAGACAUUGGGAUGGAAACUAUACCUUUGAAUCUUGACCAGAUCGUAUCGCCAGAGAACCACAAGCAGGGAUCCGUCAAAACCCAGGGAAAGACACAAGCAGCUGUAAACAACUCAAUCCCAGAAAGGUUUUCGUCCAAGAAUAAAGUCCUUGCUUCAAAGGAGGGUGCACUGAAUUCGGCUCAUAAAUUACCCACGAAAGAAAAAGACCUGGACCUUCAGAAACCGCCGAACGAACAGCUGGUACCAAGAAGGCAGCUGAAUACUCUCCGAGCGACAUCUUCAGCUGAUUCUCUGAGGCCUAAUGCUCCUUCGAAGUUUGUCUUUGACGAUAGAAGUUCUGUGACGAAUAUCUCACCUGAAAAAAAACUUGCUCGGCGAAACACGAUUUAUUGGCUACGGGACCUGAUUACUAGUAAUGGGCCAGGCCCUUAUGAGCCUCAAUUGACUGCGCUUCCACCUCGAGUGAAAAGAGGUAAUGAUAAUUCAAGAACACGGGACAGAUCUCAAACAGCGCCUUCACAGCAAGGUACGGAAUUGUAUAUGGGCGCAGACAUGGAGGCCAGAAGAACUGAAGAGGACUCGGCUGAUCAAGUAUCCGGAAUGAAGGUGGGAAGGACUCUUGUGCACGACCAGUUCGCCAGAACGAUAGAUGACCUUGAGCUACUUCUUGGAGAAGCACUUCUGGUUGCUCAGCAGGCAGCAGAUAAUAAGGAUCCCAAUUACAUGCCGGCUAUCUUGGGAGAUGCAAAUCGAAUCCUGAAAGACAGCCGCAACAGGUUGUCGGAGAGUGCUGCAUAUUACCAGCGAAGACAAAUCAUGAGAUCCAGGCGUACCGGUACAUAUUCAGAUGAACCUUCUAGCAUUGCCAGUAUACACGAAAGCUUGAGAGGCUACGGAGACUCAACUGAGUUCAGCGACGACGACAAACUAGAUCAGAAUGACCCUUACGCAUACCGCAACGCCAACAAUGGAAAUACUGCAAUACCUCCCAAGAACCCUCAACGCAAGCAACCAAAGGAUCGUAUUUCUACUCCAUACCGAGGGAGAUCCCAGGCUUUAUCUGGAGACUCGGACACGGCAGAAGCUCCUCUUAUUCAGAGUGCGGAUAGGGACUUGGACUAUAUCAAGGCCGCUGAUCCACGGUCGCUUCCAGCAGAAGUUGACUUUGCUAAGCCUCCGAGAAAGUACACAGAACCUCCUGAUGACUCAAGCCCCCCAGAAGCCCUCGGAGAACUCAUUAGAGAUGGGCCUCCUCCGAAGUUUUAUAACCCAGAUCCUUUCAAAGCCCCAACGAGUUCUGGUACUGGACGCCGAGUUUCUGAGAAAUCUCCUCGACGCCUCAGUCCCGUGAAGCAAAGAAUACAGCAGCCUGUGCCAAUUAUAAUCACCGAUGACCGUGGUAAAAUACCUGUUCCUCGUGGAGAUAGUGUUACCCAAAGGUGUGCCAGCGGAGGACAUUCAGAAGAGGAACAUGAUGCGGUCAAGGCAAAGCUUUUGGCCAAAGGUGUACCAGGAAAGCGAGAGGUACGUGAAUACAUCGAAAGUUACCAGCGUCCGCCGAUCCAUAAUCGAGAGAGCUCCAAGGCGUUGAGAAAACAAGCUGAAGAGGCGUCACAAGAUGCUGAGGAGAACUUCAAAUUGAAUCGAGGUAAUACCUAUGACUGGCAAGACAUUGAUGAUGAUUAUAAUGAGAAGUGUACAAUUGAGAAAACGAAAGCCAUCGCAAAGCCUUUGUCUACUAAUGGUCCAUCUAUCCCAUGCAGUUCCAGCACUGGUGGUGCUUCCGAUUCUAGUGGGGCACUGGAUUUUGGUAUUGGAUUUGUUCACGCAGGUCAACCUGGAAACCAACCGCGCAGGAAUCCACGCUAUAUAGAUACUCGGGGCGACCGUUCGCAAGAGCAGGAUAACAAUCGAAGAUAUGAUCCCAGAACUGCAAAUGACAAUGAAGAUUACCCUGAUAAAGGUUCCAAAGAAAAUCGAGGCUACGACUCUAGAAAUCCGAAUGGAAAUGGAGGUGGAAAUGACGGUGGCGGAGGAGGCAAUGGAGGCUAUAACGGAAAAGGCUAUGUGGGUGGAGACGAUCCUUCAAAAGAUCCAAAUAGCGGAGGGUAUGAACUCAGAGACGACCCACCCCAGGAUUUACCAGAAACACAAAAGCCAAGACGCCGCAAACACAACAACAACGAAGAAUAUGACCUCUCAAGAAAGAACCAUCUCAGCCUGAGAGAGGAUCAACACAAAGGUUUUAGCUUCGCUCGCUCACACAAGAAACCUGCCAUUGCUAGAGAUUGGAAGCCAGUACGAAAGAGAUUUGUUGCAACUGUUGCAUGUAUCAGCACAGCUCUUGUGGGUAUCUUGGUGGGUAUUUACGCUGGAGAAGUACCUGCGAUUCAGUACUACAUUGUUGACUUCCACCAUUAUAGUCUGCUUGGGAACGUCUUCUUCUACCUCGGAUUGUCUAUUCCAACUUUCUUCUUCUGGCCAUUGCCUCUUCUUCAUGGAAGGAAACCAUACAUACUUGGCUCCAUGGCCCUUGCUAUGCCGUUACUCUUCCCGCAAGCUGUUGCAGUUGGGUCCAUCAGAUCUCCAUACGUCAGAUACUGGAGAAUUGGUCUUAUUUUCCCCCGAGCUUUGAUGGGUUUCUGCCUUGGAUUUGCAAACAUGAACUUCAAAGCAACUCUUACCGAUCUCUUUGGUGCCUCCUUGCAGUGCGAAAAUCCACAUCAAGAAGUCGUUGACGAGAAUGAUGUCCGACGCCACGGUGGAGGUAUGGGCAUUUGGUUGGGCUUAUGGACAUGGAGCGCUAUGGGAUCCAUUGGAGUUGGCUUCAUGAUUGGAGCAAUGAUCAUCAACCACCUCCCUCCUGCGUGGGGAUUUUACACCAGCAUUUUCAUCAUUGCUGGAGUCUUGUUUCUGAACAUCAUCACACCCGAAGUCAGACGUUCGGCAUUCAGACGAUCCGUCGCCGAGGUCAAGAGUGGCGAAACGGUUUCUCGUCGACUUGCUCGUGGGGAAGUCAAGAUGCAUAUGGUAAAGACUGGUCCUAAAUGGUGGGGCGAAGAAAUGCACUACGGCUACAUGCUAUCGCUUCGUAUGCUCACACAGCCUGGCUUCAUGGUGAUGGCAGUAUAUGUCGCCUGGAUGUACGCUCAGAUUGUGUUGAUUAUUGUGGUAUGUGUUCUGCUUUUGGAGAAAUUGCCGAGAACUAAUUGUUUGCAGCUUCUUGGUUCACUAACAUCCAAGUACUACAAAUUCACUUCACCUUUUGUUGGAUUAAGCGUUAUGUCUGUACCACUGGGUGCUAUGGUAGCCAUCCCAUUUCAGCACGCAUCACUUUUCAGUCGCUCUCAUAGCAAAGGGCCAGAUGAUGAUGACACAAGAAAAAAGAAGAUGAGCUGGUCUUCUCAUAUGCUUCGACGUGCAAUUUUCGUUUUGGUGCUUCCAUUUGCUGGCCUAGGAUACACUCUGUCCUCUACCGGACCGCCAGUCCAUUUUCUAGUACCUAUUCUGUUCGCGGCCCUCAUAGGUUUUCUCUCAAACCUUGCAUUAGCAGAAUGUCAUGGCAUUUUGAUGGAAACCUUCGACACCUCGGAUCUUCAACCUGGCAUGGCUGGCCGAGCUCGUGGUUCUGCUGGUGACAAAGUGAAAGGUAAAAGAACCAAUUACUCUUCCUUCCCACGAGUGCAAUCUGCGUUCGCCAUCACCCAAGCGCUCGGAUACUGUCUUGCUGCUAUUGCAGUGGGUGUAGGCGGCUCUGCCGAACGACACCUAGGACAACAAUCCGCCACAGGAGUUAUGGCUGGUAUCCUCCUCAUUCUUUCCAUCCUUCUCCUCGGAGUUCUCGUUCGCUUCAAGGAUGUACAAAUCAUUCCAGAUUCUAAAAAGGGCGAGCUUUCACAAUGGAAGAAUGCCCGCCGCACAUCGGCGUUUAUGCGUGCUCAGGGAGUGGAAGCUGAGGAACCAUGGCGACCGAUUAUCAUUGGAAAUCCGACGCAUCAUACGAGACGAAUGUGUAUACUUGAGAUGGGUAGCUUGACAAGGUGGAGUGAGAUUCGGAUGAAGAAUCGGCUGGUGGACGCUAAUAGUAUGGAGGCUAAGCAUCCGAAUAUGGUUAUGGUUGAGGAGGUAGAGGAGUUCUUUGGAAAGAAGAAAAUGGAUCCAGCUUUGCUAUACCAAGAUCAAGGAAAUGGGCAAGGGGAUCGUGUUCAAAAGUACCAUCCUCAAGGAAAUGCCAACGACGAAGAUAGAUUGAGAUUUACAGGCGAGGAUCUGGGCAAUAGGCGGAACUCGAGGAGAGAACUGUCUAGUCUGGCGGGAAACGAGGGUCCGAGGAGGAGAACAGGGGCGAGAGCAAGUGGAAGAAACCAAGAAAGAGGGUAG